AUGAGCAGAGUAUCUCCCUGGCAAAGAGUCUGGAGGAACUUCUGGGCAUCCAUCAGCAGAGAAGACGCAGCAACUAGGAAAUACGUUGGGGAGGACAUAUACGGAAACAAAUUCUACGAACUGGACAGACAAGGAAAGACGACCUCCAAUGUGAAUAGGUCAGUUAUCUUAAUUAACAUUGAUCUUUGGAAUACGCUUGCUUUCUUUCAAACCAGAAGCGAAAAACUUUGUGUUCUAUGAUCAGAUCAACUGACCAGACCCUUUUUAUGAGAUCACGUGAGUGUUCUUUCACUGUCAAAAAGUCUUUUCUCAUCUUCACCAAUAAUUUCAGGGGGUUCGAACAAGGCAAUCCAAACAAUCCGCCUUCAUUUGAAUGGCAAUCCUGGUUGAAAGGUACUCGUCGAUUCCCUCCAUCUGAUGAAGAAGUCGCUUUGAACCAAGCAAGAAGAGAACAGAUCCAGCAGGUAUAAUUCGUUUUAUGGGAGAUAAGUGGUUGCUAUUCUAGGGCGAACACAGUCAGGACGCCGAAACUGAGAAAAGAGCGCCACACGUUGCAAGUAGAGGGCAAGGAGCUGCUGAUCUGGAUAGGAAACAUAACUUCCCCACCUAUGAUGACAUAGAACUGGCUCCGGGGGCCGAACGGAGAGACGACAAAGGAAAGAGGCGCGACCAGUGA